GUGCUCGUAUGUAGUAGCGUGAAUGCGCGCAGUGGUGCGCUCGCUCGCUCAGAGGGGGAGAAAGAGCCGCCGAGGAGGGCAGAACCACAAGAGAGGGGCAAGUCUGUUUCUACGACAGUACCAGGAACGGCUCGGGAAGAAACCAACGGUGUCGACUGGGCUGGGAUGGAGCUGAGCAUUUCCAUUCUGAGUCGUGAAAGCAGCCUUUUCGUGGCGUCCACCUAAAGUCGCGGGCAUUUAGCGCAGGGUCGGGGGGCAGUUUGCUGUUCGGUCCCGGGGGUUUGAGCCCGUACGAAUCUGUUGCUAGCAGCGCUCCUUUGCUAGUUAGCCCCGCUGCUAAGCAGCUAGCCAAGACUGCGAGUCAAUUGUGUCGGAGAUUUCUUCAUUACAUUUAAAAACUGUUACACUCAUUUAACACUCUCGGGAAUCAUUUCUCCCGUUGAGUUUUGUGUUUCCCUAAGUGACGAGACGUUAAUAAGCCAACGGCAGAGUUUCUAUUUCGAUUUAUUUUCAACAGGGACUUUUUCUCUCUCUAUUAGCUUGUUAGCCGCUCGGGUUGGUUUAGUCCAGCUUAUUAGUAGUGUCGCUCCAUAUACCGAGAUUUCUGACACCCAGAACAGCCCCCUGACAAAAAGACAGUGCUGAGUGUGGUUUUUACCACUCUUUAUUUUUUUUAUUUUAUUGCAAGCUGUAAAUUGUUUCAAGAGCCGAUGAGAUGCCGCGCGUGGGAUACUUCAUGUUUCCAGGGACGCUUUUAUUUUCCUGUUAGUUCGCUCCGGUGGGGGUUCAUGUUUUUGGCAUCACUGCUGGUGUUAAAUACUAAAAUUUCCCAGGCAUUGCAUGUGAUCUGGUCUCUUUUUUUUUCUUUCAUAGAUCCAUGUAUACUGAUUAUCCUCCUAUAAACAACAUCCACGCGUCAAUUUAGCGAAGGGACAUUUCAGAUUGCUUCAUUGUUUUUAUACAGUCUUUCGUGAGGCUCCACGUUUUAUAUUCGCGUUGGUGGCGGUACAUGAUCAGCAAAGCUGGUCGUUGCGCGGCUCUUGAACGUUUUCGUUGGUUUUGCGGUGGAGAUUUUGCCUUCAAGUAUUAUGGAUGAUCAGACCCGAAUGCUGGCUAGCAUAGGCGGACUCGGCGGACUCUCUCAAGCCGACGUCGGUGACCCCGAUUCGGUUCGGAAGCAGCAGUCCCUAGGUCAGCCGCAGCAAGACAUUGGGGAUAUUCUCCAGCAGAUCAUGGCCAUCACCGAUGAGAGCCUCGACGAAGCCCAGGCGAGAUGCUGGCCAGAGGAGGCACCGGCGCAGUGGACCCCACAGAGGGAGGGGGAGCUGGGGGGGAGCACAGCAGGGUGUGUCCUGCCGCUCAACUUCCAGCACAGGAAACAUGCCCUGAACUGCCACAGAAUGAAGCCGGCUCUCUUCAGUGUUUUAUGCGAGAUCAAAGAAAAAACUGUGCUGAGCAUCAGAGGUGUACAGGAGGAGGACCCCCCAGAUCCCCAGAUCAUGCGUCUGGAUAACAUGUUGCUGGCCGAGGGCGUGUCUGGACCUGAGAAGGGCGGCGGCUCUGCGGCAGCGGCUGCAGCUGCAGCUGCGGCUGGAGGAUCGCCCAACGAUGGCAGCAUCGAACACUCCGACUACAGAGCCAAACUCGCACAGAUUCGCCAGAUCUACCACUCUGAACUAGAGAAAUACGAACAGGCUUGCAGUGAGUUCACAAAUCAUGUGAUGAACCUGCUGAGGGAGCAGUCCCGUACGCGGCCCAUCUCACCCAAAGAGAUUGAGCGCAUGGUGGCUAUCAUCCACCGCAAGUUCAGCUCCAUCCAGAUGCAGCUCAAGCAGAGCACCUGUGAGGCUGUCAUGAUCCUGCGCUCCCGCUUCCUCGAUGCCAGACGUAAGAGACGCAACUUCAAUAAGCAAGCAACAGAGGUGCUGAAUGAGUAUUUCUACUCUCACCUCUCCAACCCUUACCCCAGUGAAGAAGCCAAGGAAGAGUUGGCCAAGAAGUGCGGGAUCACUGUCUCUCAGGUCUCGAAUUGGUUUGGCAACAAGAGAAUUCGGUACAAGAAGAACAUUGGUAAGUUCCAGGAGGAAGCAAACCUGUACGCCGUUAAAACAGCAGUGGACGCUGCCAAUGUGUCAGCACAGGCCAGCCAGGCAAACUCCCCAGCAACACCCAACUCAGGUGGAUAUCCUGCACCAUGCUACACACCUGACGGCAGGCUAUGAAGAUUUGUCAGGAAGUCCUCUUUACACCCCACACCGUCUAGAUGCUAACAACAGCUGGCAAGACAACACCAACCCCUCUUCUGUCACCUCUCCACCAGGACCACCUGGCAGCAUCCACUCAGACACCUCCAGCUAAUUCAGCUCACACUACAGUCACUGAUACACACACCCAACAAUCAUUAUCCAGACUCACCCUGUUCGCCCGCUCAUAACAUUAUCAAUCUAACAUUUGUCAAAGGUCUUCCAUAGUCCUCACUCCCACUUUCUCUUGGUGUGCCAGGAUUCUCAAACUGAACCAGACUGAUUGAAACACAUGCACUCCCAUGCACACACGCUCGCUCCUCUCGAGCAAAAGACGCAGCAAGUUUUGCGGCAGCUGAAUGAUUCAGUGUCUGACCACGUGACUGAAGCUCUCGCCGACGACGUGUCACAGAGGGCGCCGAAUAAAAGACACGUCCUCAUCGGCAUUCUUCUAUGUGGAAAACACAGGGUGGACACUCAACGCCCAACUCCAUGUUAACGUUCCCGUUUUGACCUGUCAUAAUGGAGAUUACACAACCCUCCUCGCUUGUACCAAAGUGCUGUCAGUGGUUGUCACACCUUCCGCUCGUCGAAGAACAACCUCAGACAACUAAACUAAACAGUGAAGUCGCCAUUCAAAUUCUCUUUAGUCCACGUUUGCAUUUUUAAUAUCGUUUCCGAUCAGUUCUGUGCUCUGCAUUACUGCUUCAGUAAGAAAGAUUAUGUAUUAAUGACUUUAAGCGUUUAAGCUGUCCUCCAUUGUUCAACGUUAUGUUAAGCACAAAUCUUUAUCAAUAACACUUUUACCUGGUGGUCGGAUGGAGAGGAAUCCAUCUGCGUAAAGGUACGCUGGACAUUGAACAUUUUAAAUUGAUCAGAGUACAGUUUGGUGCGAAAAACGAGAGAUCUGCAGUUGGAAGAAUGAGGGAGAGUUUUUGAUGUGCGGUUGGUGGCUACAUUUUUUCUCAGCGUCACUCAGUCUCUUUGUUCCUUGACCUUUUUAAUAGUUUAGCUAAUUGUAUUUUUCCUGCAGUUUUUCCCCCACAAAGAAUGCACCAGCCACUGAAUAAAAGACACUUGACUUAACAAGAACUUGACCUUGUGUUAGGAAAGGGGUUGGGGUGGGGGGUAUACGUGGAGUAUAAGUUUGGAUUGUGGGUUGGUAUUAGAAAUAUUUUUAAAGGGAAUGAAAAAAAGAUAUUCCACUGUCUUCCAUGCAUGUAGGGUGUCGAGAUGUUUUAGUGAUUCCAUUUAACCUGUUGGUUCUAGCUUUUUUAACAAAAAAAGAUUAUAAAAGGGAGAGGAUAUACAGUAAAUAACAGACCAAAUAAAGAAAUGAGCAAUUAAGUCAAUGAAAAUGAAAGUAUACACACGCCGCACGUCAAACUGCCCAAUGCGGCGCUCUGGGCUGGUGUUUCUAUGGUACUUUCACAUAUUUUCCUACCAGGUAGCCGUGCACAGUUUCACUGAACACAUUGACCACAAGUACCUGAAAACGUUUUUGAGGAGGCCGUAGCAAUCUGGCUACGAUUGUAACCUGUAUUGUUCUGAACCAGUAAUUCUGACUAUGAGAAUUGUUCUCUAAAACGUGAAAUGUGCUAGUUACAAAUAUCAAGGAUUUGUUUUCAUUUGCUGUUUGUCCUUUGGCCUCUCAUGUUACUAUGUUGUGUGUGUACGGGUGUCUGUUUUUAUAAGGGUUGGGUUGUCUUGUCGCUCACUUUGCUGUGCUUUUGAACUGAUUGUAUUGUAUGUGCAAUUGAAAGCACCUGUUCCUUGGGAAAAGCAUGCUGUCCUUUUUGUUGCCUACAAUUUCUCUAAACAAAGGAACUCUUGUUUGAAAAAAAAUUUUCUUCUGUAAUCCGUUAACAUAGCCAAGCAACAAGGGCUUUUCUCCUUUCAAAUUUAACCAAAAAUAAGCACUGGAUGUGUUGUGAUUUUAAACAGACGGACUAAAGCUAAGACUGAGGAACAUCAAAUGAAUUUCUAUUCCGGGACUAUGAUUUUUUUUUUUUUUUUUUUUUGCUUGCUUCUGUUUUCCCAACUUUACCUUUAGUCGUGGAAGCACCAGGGCGUUUUGAUAUAUGAAUGGAAAUUCUAUAUAUGAAAGGACUUAAUAACAUUGAAAUGUAAAUUGGGGUUUUGUUUAUAUGUACACACCGAGAAACAACCUCUGAGGAGCUUUUCAAGGUAUUAUUCAGAUCAUUGUGUCCUCUAUAGAUUACUGUUAGUUCAUAUGGAUAUCUUUAACUAAUGCUAUUACUACACCAAAUUUCAUUGUUUUCUUUUCCUAUCAGUCAUCUAUGGAUGUCACUGUACAGAUUGUGGAAUGUUUCAGUGUAUUUCUCUUUUUGUAUGCUUAUUAUUUUUUCUUUUUAUUGCUGGGGGUCUUGGAUUUACUCGUGAGCAAUUUGUUAGUCUUUGUAAUAUUCAUUUUAGCUUUUUCAGUUACAUUUUUAUUUCAAUUAAGUCUGUGUUAUUUUGUGUGGUUUUGUCAGAGCUGGUAGCAUUUGUUUGUGGUGCCAGGGAAAUUCACACUCGUUUUUAUUUCACUACUAAUUGACAGAUAAAGAAAUUGAUGGAAUAAAAAGCAUAAUUGUAGUAAUUGCAUUGGCUAGUGAUUGCUAACAGAAAUAUGAUUCUAAACAUAACUAUAGAGAAGACUUUAAUCUGGUAAUUAGCUGUUGGGAGUUCCAGAAAGUUGGAAUUGUAUACCGAGGUGGAUUCCACCGCACCAAAUCAAAUGAUAUCAGUGAUUUUCUUUUUUUUUAAUUUUUAUCAUCAUUUUUCUAGAAUUGUAGUACACGCUUCCUUCUGUAUUCACCGUGCUCUCCCUCUUCUCUACCUCUCCUCCUCUCUCUCUUUCACUUGUAUAUAAACCCCACCAUUUUCAGACUUGGUCGUCUGUAUAAACUCCUUUUAUACCUCAACUUUAGAACUGUUCUAGUGAGAGAGAAAAAAAAAAGAAAUAUGAGAAAAUUGUAGUGUUCCUUAUUAGAAAAACAAAAACUAAUAAAAUAAUCUAGUGUGCUUUUGAGCCUGUAGUUUUUCUUUUUUGGUGCUCAUUAAGGGGUUGCUUGCACGUUACGAUCCGUAAAAUGAUCUCGUUAGAGUGGUUAUGAAUGAGUCUGCCAUUUGAAUAUUCAGGGAGCUUGGCAAUUUUCUCACCCUGCCUGAAUAUUUAUGCAGCAUAAGGACAAUAAUAUGAAGAUAAGAAUAAAUCAGGCCUUUUUCUUCUGAUUGUGCUCGGUAACAACCAUCUGGUGAAAUGAAGACCACGGUCUGCGGAAGGCAAAAUUAGAAACGCAACAGAACCACAAAAAAAAAAGAAAAAAAAAUCAGAAGCCAGGGGCUUUGUUUGAGGUGUGCUUUUCUGUAUCAAACAAACAACCUGAAAGUGUUUUCUGGAAAUAGAAAUUCACAAAUCAUUAGAACCGUUGAAAUCACAACUAGAUUUUAACAUUUUCUGGAGAAGUUGUGCUUACUCUUGCGAAAGAUACCUCGACAAUGCUAGUGUGUUGUGAAUGAUUGUCAGGCCAUUGCUAUGAAGUUGUUUGGGUAUUCUGCUUACUGGGCCAAUUCAAAAGGGCCCACCAUUCCAAGUCUCUGAUAUUCUGGUCCCUUGAUUGUAUUUUUGUAACCCAUUUAUUGUCCUCCAGGCAAAAACCAUCACUUAGACAAGCACACUUCAAGUCACAUGAUUUGUGAAAUUAUUCAUGUUUGUUGCACCAACUGCUCAGGACAAAUUUUGCACAGAAGUUUAUGGUUUAAGGCUUAAAAAAAAAAAAAAAAACUGGUUUAGUUAUACAACUUGUAUCAUUUUACAUGGGUAAGGUUAGUAAGCGAUUUAUCGCACCAAAUCAUGUUAUGUGUUAUGUUUACUUAUUGUGGCUAUACUUUUGAAAUGGUGUGUAUUUAAAAUUAAUGGACUUGCCCUAUUCACUAACAUUGUAAAAGCUUUAAUAUAACCAGGAUUUAUUUUUUUAUUGAACGAGGGUCAAAAUUAUUUUUUGUGGUAAUCAUUAUGCUACAAAUGCUGUUAAUUUAGCUUAACUUGUAUUGAACCCGAAACAUUCCUUAAGAAUGAAAAAUAAUAAUGGGUAAGGGAUUUGUUAAAAAUAAGCAACACUAAUUGUUUUUGACCAUAAUAGAGCAAAAUGAUCAAAAGUUAAAAUGUCAAUUUUGACCAUUUUUCUUUCAACCAUGCACAUUCUUGAUGUUUUAGAUUUUUCCAGCUAAAUAAAUUGGUCCAAAAAGCCA